UUAGUUAGUAAAUUGCAACAGCUGGGCAAUGUUGGACAUUAUUAAUAUACCUCAUGCAGAUCCACUGAAUCUGCCCUUGAUGCAUGGCAUAGGUCCUGUUUCAAUCAUAACGGGCCUUUACUUAUUGUUUAUCCUAAAACUUGGCAGACGGUUUAUGGAAAAUCGACAACCUUAUCAAUUACGUGGCAUUCUUAAGUUUUACAAUCUGUUUCAAGUGGCCUACAAUGCGCUCAUGUUUUUAAUGAUGGUGACAUGUUUGGUGGUUUACAAACCCUACAAGUUCAGUUGCAUGGUUCCAUCGCCCUUGGAUCACGGUGUGAAAAAUUGGGAACGUUUUAUCGGAUAUGCCUACUACAUUAACAAAUAUUUUGAUUUCUUGGAUACAAUAUUCUUCAUCCUGCGCAAGAAAUACAAACAAAUCACAAUUCUGCACAUUGUUCAUCAUGCAGCGAUGCCAAUGGCCGCCUAUUUAACUAUGCGAGUCAAUGGCUAUGGCGGCUUGCCGGUUACUGUGUCCACGGCCAACACUUUUGUUCAUACCCUCAUGUAUGGCUACUACUAUCUGGCAUCACAGUAUCCCAAUUUAAGCAAAAGCCUGUGGUGGAAAAAAUACAUAACCAUUUUGCAGAUGGUUCAAUUUAUAAGCGUGCUGAUCCAUAUCUUCUGGACAUUACAGCAGGAGGACUGCUAUAUAAAUCCACAUCUAAUCAAUGGAUUUAUUGGAGCAGGAAUCUUCUUGAUCACUAUGUUUAGUAAUUUCUAUAUAAGAACUUAUAUGCUAUCAAAGUCGAAGAAAACGUAAGAGACACAAAUACAUUUCACUUAAUUAGAAA